GUAUGUAAAAUGUAUAUACUAUAAAUGAUCUAUAUCCAUCUCUGUUAAUGGUUUUGGUUUAACUUUCUUGGAUUCGUUGAAGCUCAAGGACGAUUUGGUUUCAUCAUCUUUUAGAUUACCUAUUAUAUUUUUCUCUUGCUACAGAAAAAGUCUUACUUUGAGUUUUGACUCAGAUUGGACUUCACCCAUUUCGUGGAGAAUAGUGACACAAGUUACAGAGCCUCCUCUCUGAAUCUGAGAACUUGAGCCAAAAAGUUUACAGAAGAACCCUUUAAGUCCUUGAAGUGGAAAUAUGGCUUCUUUAAAUGAUAUAGCAGUUGGAGCAGCCAUAAAUAUACUCAGUGCAUUUUUUUUCUUCCUGAUAUUCGCCAUACUCCGGAUUCAACCGGUCAAUGAUAGGGUCUACUUUCCAAAGUGGUAUCUUAAAGGGUUAAGGAAUAGUCCGCUGCGCGCGGGUGCAUUCAUAAGCAAGUUUGUCAAUUUGGAUUUCAGGUCUUAUGCCAAGUUUCUGAACUGGAUGCCUGCUGCAUUGAAAAUGCCAGAGCCUGAACUCAUAGAACAUGCAGGAUUAGACUCUGCUGUUUACUUAAGAAUUUACUUGAUUGGGCUCAAAAUUUUUACUCCUAUUGCCUGCCUGGCUUUUGCAAUCAUGGUACCAGUCAAUUGGACUAAUGUCACCUUAGAGCGUUCAAAUUUUACCUAUAGCAAUGUAGAUAAGCUUUCCAUUUCAAAUAUUCCUCUUGGAUCACAUAGAUUUUGGACACACUUAGUCAUGGCUUAUGCUUUUACAUUCUGGACUUGCUACAUAUUAAAAAGGGAGUAUGAAACAGUUGCAUUAAUGAGGCUGCAUUUCCUUGCAUCAGAACAAAGGCGACCGGAUCAGUUCACAGUACUUGUUAGAAAUGUUCCACCAGAUCCUGAUGAAUCAGUUAGUGAGCUUGUGGAACACUUUUUCCUGGUCAACCAUCCAGAUCAGUAUCUUACUCAUCAGGUUGUUUGCAAUGCAAACAAGCUUUCUAGUUUAGUCAAGGAGAGGAAAAAAGUGCAGAAUUGGCUUGACUUUUAUCAGCUUAGAUACCUCAGAAACCAAUCUAAGAGGCCAAUUGUGAAGACUGGUUUUCUUGGUCUCUGGGGGAAAAAAGUAGAUGCAAUUGACUUUUAUACAUCAGAAGUUGAGAGGAUAUUAAAUGAAAUAUCCUUUGAGAGAGAAAGGAUUUCAAAGAAUCCUAAGUCAAUAAUGCCAGCAGCUUUUGUGUCAUUCAAGUCUCGAUGGGGUGCUGCUGUUUGUUCACAGACUCAACAAUGCAGAAAUCCAACCCUAUGGCUGACUGAAUGGGCACCAGAACCCCGUGAUAUUUAUUGGGAUAAUCUGGCGAUUCCUUAUGUUUCACUCACAAUUAGGAGGCUUAUUGCUGCAGUUGCCUUCUUCUUUCUUACAUUUUUUUUCAUGAUCCCCAUUGCCUUUGUACAGUCCCUUGCAAAUAUUGAAGGUAUUGAGAAAGCAGCCCCAUUUCUGAAGCCCAUAAUUGAAUUGAAAUUUAUAAAGUCAGUUAUACAAGGUUUCCUUCCCGGAAUUGCUUUGAAGAUUUUCCUCAUUUUUCUACCCUCAAUAUUGAUGUUCAUGUCCAAGUUUGAAGGGUACAGCAGCAUAUCAAGUCUCGAGAGAAGAUCUGCGGCUAGAUAUUAUAUUUUCCAGUUUAUAAAUGUAUUUCUUGGGAGCAUAAUCACUGGAACUGCAUUUCAACAACUGGAUAGUUUUAUACAUCAAUCUGCAAAUGAGAUUCCAAAAACAAUUGGUGUCUCCAUUCCUAUGAAGGCAACGUUUUUCAUAACCUAUAUUAUGGUUGAUGGGUGGGCUGGAGUUGCUGGGGAAAUUCUAAGGUUGAAACCUUUGAUUAUGUAUCACUUAAGGAAUUUCUUCUUGGUGAAGACUGAAAAGGACAGGGAAGAAGCAAUGGAUCCAGGAAGCAUUGAAUUCAACACAGGAGAACCUCAAAUCCAACUUUACUUCUUACUUGGUCUUGUUUAUGCAGUUGUGACACCAUUCCUACUUCCUUUCAUCAUCAUUUUCUUUGCCCUGGCAUACAUCGUAUAUCGUCAUCAGAUCAUAAACGUCUACAACCAACAGUAUGAAAGUGCUGCAGCAUUCUGGCCUGAUGUCCAUGGCCGCAUAAUAACAGCACUUAUCGUGUCACAGCUGCUUCUAAUGGGAUUGUUGAGUACAAAAAAUGCUGCUCAAUCAACUCCACUACUCAUAACGCUCCCAGUGUUGACCAUAUGGUUUCACAGGUUCUGCCAAGGCCGGUAUGAGCCUGCUUUUGUCACACACCCCUUACAGGAAGCAAUGAUGAAAGACACACUGGAACGUGUAAGAGAGCCAAACUUGAACUUGAAAGCCUUCCUUCAAAACGCAUAUGUCCAUCCAGUUUUCAAGGGGGGAGAUGAUGGUAGUGAAAGUGAGGUGUCUUUAGAAGACUUGAAGGAGGAGCCUGCCAUGGUGCCGACAAAGCGUCAGUCCCGGCGAAAUACACCAAUGCCUAGCAAACAGAGUGGUUCAUUAACCAAAGUUGAUGACGAAUAUUAAACUUGUUAUUAUCUCUGUAUAUUUUUCCUUUUCUCUUUAUUGGCAUUGUAAAGAGAGUGUAGCGAAAUAGAUUUAGACGAGUUCACAGUGUAGUGAAAUUGAAAUGGUACAAAGAUUUUAGGUAGGAAUGUAAAAGAAGUUCUUGUUGGAAAUAGAUCAACUGUUUGAUCUUUUUUGGUUCCUUAUUUUUAACUAGGAAUGUCUCAAACUAUUGGUUGAAUCUCUUCUUCGAUC